CGCGAGUUUCUCAAACCUGUGUUGUCUCUUUCUUCUCUUCUAUAUAUAUAUUCUAUGUAUAUAAUUAUGGUAACACUAUGGGCGCACAUAGAUUACCAUAGUUAGAAGCAAGAUGACGAAGCUGUGAAGUAUUUGACAGAGUAAUACAAACGCGUCUCACGGACUGCUCGAACUCGUUAUGCCCGGAGGAAUAACGUAGCCUGUCGUGCACUCGAUCUUCCUCUUUGCGUUCAAACUUCACCCAGUACGGUUCGAUAAUAAAGUGUGUUUAAAAUAAACAAAUUAUAACGACUCAUAAUUGGCGCAGCCGGUAGUAGUCUGGUGUUAGUAAGAUUAAAAAACAGUGCAAGUGUAGAGAAGUGAAAAUCUCACAAUAAGAGUAUCCGGAAUUCGUUCCGUCCCAUAGCGAUCUUUAAAGCUACUGCGAUUUGCGAUACCGCCGUUUCUUAUCACCCGGACGUUAACGACCUCACUCACACAAGCGAACGGAACGGUAAGGUAAGCUUUUAACAGCACGUGUUAAGCGCUAACAAAAGUGAACAAAGAACCGGGCAAUUAACCUGUCCGCUCCUAAUGUGGAGAAGCAAUUCUGAAAUAACUAUUUCAGAUAAUUCAACGGAAGAAUUAUCGGAAAGUUCAUUAACUUUCGAGCCUAUUUCUAUCCAUAUCGACAUCGAAAACCUUUCAUUGGAAAGCAAAAUGGCGAAUGAAGCUGAACUCACGGAACAGAUUAAAAAUCUUUCUAUUGUGAUAAUCCAAAUGGUGGAAAAAAUAACCCAGCACGAAGAACGUUUAAAUAACACGUUUCAUGUGCGCGAACAAAGAGUAGAAAUUGAAACUCAACCAACAGCGUCAACUGAUUUCGGAAGUAUGUUUAAAAUACCCGAUCCCAUAAAAAUGUUCAUCAUUUAACGGGAAUAAAAAACAAUUAACGUGUUGGUUAAAUACAGCUGAGGAAACAUUAAAAAUAUUUGAAAGUAUUGUGCCACCAAAUACUUUUCGAAUUUAUUUCACUGCUACUACUGCUAGUACUACUCAAUAAAAUAGAAGGUCAUGCAAAAGACGUAUUGUGUGUUAACACUAGAACCGCCGAUGGGACUUUUUUGUCCCAUCGCACUCGAUUCCGCUUGCCGUCAUGACAAACCAUUGAAAUUGUCUGACUUUUAUUUAUUUUGAACGAUCUUUCGAAUGCGCUAAUAAAAAUAAUUGUAUUCCAUAUGGUUGUUGGAUUUUGGGUUAAUAUUAAUAUUUCAAAUAUGAAUUCAAAUAGGAAAACACGCAGGAAUUACAAGGAACUAAACCAUAGGAUAUAGAUAAAACUACUUGACUAAUUAGGACUGCAUGAAAUGAACUGCUCGAACUACACGAAUGAACUUUGUAAUGAAUUAUGUAAUGAACUAUGGGACAAACGAAUAUACAGUUGCAAACAGACCGGCGAUUAAUGUGCACUCUUUUCAUUCUCAUCAAAUUUACGCAAGUUAAUAUCACAGUCCAGUACAUUAGUGAAUAUAUUUCACAUUUUUGGUCCUUCGAACCGGAUACGUGAUUUAGUGAGUGUAAAUUCGUUCAUUCCGCAUCAAGAGUGAACAACGGUUUUUACGGCUUCAAGAGUGCAAGUCAUUACGUGACAUUCCCGCCAUCGCAUUUCGCCCCGCAUCAAGGGCAACGGUCGUUUUCGCGCCAUCAUUCGAAUUUCGCGCCAUCGUGUUUGUGUGUGAUAUCUGAGUUCCGGAAAAUGGAAAAGAAAAUCAAGCCAGUGCAGCUGAAGAAGAGGAUCGCCGUGGAAAAUAUAAAGUCGCUGGAACGGUUCCAGGCAGAAUACUCUACCGAUGAUGCCAAGCAGAUUCCAGAGGCGUUAGAGGAUUUGGAGAAGCAUAAAGAAGGGUUCUUCGCCGCGGUUUCACCCGUUUCGUCAACGGACUGGUGAAGCUCAAGGAACCGGUUGAUUCAUGGGACACACCACUAUCGAACAUGCUGCUUAUGAAACUGGAUCGUGAAACGCUAUUGGCUUGGGAAAAACACUCCGUACACUUCACCAAGGAUGCAUACAAAGAUGUAAUUGCGUUCGUGCAAGAUCGAAUCCAGAUCCUCAAAUCGACCAACAAUUUUGUGAGUGAGCAGAGCGCUAGUGGAACUAAGGUGGCCGGCAUUCAUCGUCACGCAGUGCAACGGAGGUUCGUCGCAAAUGCAGCUGCAUCGUGCCCUACUCCUGCUGUUUCAUCUGGUUCGAGCAGCCCAAGUGUCCAUUAGAGUGCGCAGAAGCUCACCCAUUACGCAGCUGUCCAGUUUUUAUCGGCAAGGAGGUUCAGCACCGCCGGGACGUCGUCUCAUCGAAGCGGUUGUGCUGGAACUGUCUAAGCAGCACACAUCAAGUCAGAGCGUGCAAAUCUGACUAUUCGUGUCGUACGUGUCGUGAACGCCAUCACACUCUCCUGCAUCACACGCCACCUAGAACGGUCACAAUGGCAGCACAUUCCGACGACGACAAAGUGUUUUUGGAAACAGCAAACGUCCAGGUCAAGGACGAUUACGGCAAUCUCUUCGAGGCAAGGGCCUUACUCGACUCCGGUUCCAUGUCGAAUUUCAUAUCCGAUGAAUUCGCUCGGAAAUUGUUGACCAGUCGCAACAAGGUUAACGUCGCUGUAUCGGGCAUUGGAAAUGCAGUACAGCAAGUGAAGGGUUCGAUCGUCGCAACGGUGCAGUCGAAAACUCAAUCCUUUGCUACGGAGAUGGCUUUUCUGGUGUUGGAAACGCCAUCAGCUCACAUCCCCACUUCACCUACGGACAUCUCAUCGUGGAAAAUGCCGGACGUGGCAUUAGCUGACACCAACUUUAAUUUGCCUGGGCAUAUCGACAUCGUCAUCGGAGGCGAUACUUUCUGGGAGCUUCACACCGGUCGCAAGCGCUCUAUUGGCAGAGGCAAACCGUGGCUGGUGGAGACGCACUUCGGCUGGGUGGUAUCCGGCAACACACAGCACUCAUCAACUGGCCCGCGGGUGUGCCAUCUCGCAACACACGACAUCCCCUUGGAGGAAAUUAUGCAGCGCUUUUGGGAAAGCGAAACCAUAGCCGAGGAUCCUGUGCUAUCGGUCGAAGAGGAUGCCUGCGAAAAACACUACUCAUCGACAACCGUUCGCAAUUCAGCGGGAAGGUAUGUUGUUAGUUUCCCUUUUAAUCCUAAUCCAAAUGUCGUUUUAGGGGAAUCUAAAGCAACAGCCGAUCGUAGACUCCGUUGUAUGGAACGCCGUUUGGUGAAUAAUCCUACAAUGAGAGACGAAUAUGUAAAAUUCAUGCAGCAAUACGAACAUUUGGGUCACAUGAAGAGGCUUACUGGUCCGGUAGACGAUUCGACUCAACAUUAUUACCUUCCUCAUCAUGCCGUGGUAAAAGAGUCGAGCACAACAACGAAGGUUCGGGUUGUUUUUGACGCGUCGUGCAAGACGUCCAGUGGCUAUUCGUUGAAUGACAAGCUGUUGGUCGGUCCAGUCGUUCAGGACGGUCUUUUCUCCAUCAUUCUUCGGUUCCGUUUGCAUGCCAUCGCCCUGACUGCUGACGUGGAGAAAAUGUACCGUCAGAUUCUACAUCACCCAGACGAUAGAAACCUGCUACGUAUCCGAUACAGAGAGAGCCCUACAGACGAAAUAUCCACCUUCGAGCUACAAACAGUCACGUACGGUACAGCAUCUGCUCCAUUUUUGGCAACUAGAACUCUACGGCAGGUUGCUAUCGAUAACAGCGACACAUACCCACAAGCUAUAAACGCUGCGUUAAAUGAUUUUUAUGUGGAUGAUUUGUUAACGGGAUCAAACGACAUUAACGAAGCCAUCGAAAUGCGCACACAAAUUUCACAAAUGUUGGAAUCUGCAGGAUUCUCGCUAAAAAAAUGGGCAUCGAAUCGGUCAGAAGCACUAGUAAACAUUCCUGCCGAAGACAUAGCAAUCCAACCAACGCAUGAGUGGCAAGAAUCAAACCAUGUAUCCACACUUGGAAUCGUUUGGGAACCAACAGCAGACACGUUUCGGUUCCGUAUUGAUAUGCCUCCUAUCACAACAAUAAUUACCAAAAGGCUAGUUUUAUCCGAUAUUGCUAAAGUUUUCGACCCUCUCGGCUUGCUUGGGCCUACGAUAAUCAUUGCGAAAAUGUUUAUGCAACAACUAUGGGCGCUAAAGAAGGAUGGAAAGUCAUUUGACUGGGAUAGCGAGCUACCAUCGCCCCUACAACGUGAAUGGUUAAAAUUUCAUUCAACCUUGGGAUCACUCCGUGAUAUACGCAUUCCACGUUAUAUUUCCCAAUGCACAGCUACAAACGUGCAAAUACAUAUAUUCGCAGACGCUUCACAAUUAGCAUAUGGUGCUUGUUGCUAUAUUCGUGCUGAAAGCAUAAAGGGAGUCAGUGUUCGAUUGCUAACGGCCAAAUCAAAGGUGGUAGCUUUAUCUAGUUCACAUUCGAUCGCUCGAUUGGAAUUGUGUGUAGCACGAUUGGCAACAGUCCUUCAUCAGAAGGUGCAACAAUCACUAAAAAUUUCUGCUACUACUAUCUGCUGGACGGAUUCUAUGACGGUACUACACUGGCUAAACUCUGCCCCCAAUCGAUGGAAACCAUUCGUAGCGAACAGGGUCGCUAAAAUACAACAGACACCUAACAUACAGUGCUGGAAACAUGUUCCUGGCAUCGAUAAUCCAGCUGACGAUAUUUCGCGCGGUCUGACGCCGGAAAAACUAUUAGUAUGUGAGCGCUGGUGGCACGGGCCACAUUGGUUAUCGCGAGGCAUGGAAGAAUGGCCACAAGAUCCACCAUCACUAAAUGAGUCAGCGAACGCGGAAGAGGAGAGGUUGGCAUCACGGAUUGCAACAACAUCAACAAUCUGCGAGUUUCGCAACGGAUUGUUUUCACGGUAUUCGGUUUACCACAAGCUUCAACGGGUUGUUGCAUAUUGCCUGCGCUUCAUUCAUAACAUAAAACACCGCCAGCAAACUAAACCAAAUGCUAAAUCCGUUCCACUACUCACGGUCGAUGAGCUCACACAGGCAGAAUUGAAAUUGUGCUAUUUGUCACAAUUAGACUCGUUUUCCGAAGAAAGACAUUGUCUACAAAAAAGCAAAGAGAUCCCUAAACAGUCUAAACUGAAAUGGCUAUCACCGUUCAUCGAUAGUCAGGGUAUCCUACGCAUUGGUGGCCGGCUCAGCAACGCACAGCUGGCAGAUUCAACUAAGCAUCCCAUUAUAUUAUCUGCAAAGCAUCCAUUAUCUGCACUACUGGCAGUUUCAAUGCAUCUAAAAAAGCUACACACCGGGCCUCAAAUGCUUCUUACAACACUACGCCAACGAUUUUGGCUCAUAGGAGGUCGCAAUUUGUGCAAAUCGGUCUACCACAGUUGUCACUCUUGUUUUAAAGCUAAACCUACCCUCGUCAAACAAAGCAUCGCUGAUCUACCAACGUCCAGAGUCACUCCAACGAGGCCUUUUUCUGUAUGCGGUGUAGACUAUUGUGGACCAAUAUACCUAAAGGCAACCAUACGCAACAAGAGUCCAAUCAAUGCAUAUAUUGCGAUAUUUGUAUGCUUUUCUACAAGAGCCGUUCAUAUUGAACUCGUAGCCGAUCUCACCACCACAUCAUUUUUAAAUGCACUACGCCGUUUAGUUGCACGUCGCGGACAAAUUAGUGAGCUACACUCAGAUAAUGCCACUACAUUUAAGGGAGCAUCGCACGAGCUGAACCGCAUUUACAAAAUGCUCAAAUGCGAUGAGAACGAUCGUAGUACUAUUUUCAAUUGGUGCGCGACGAACGAAAUCCAAUGGAAAUUUAUCCCUCCACGGGCACCACACUUCGGAGGUUUAUGGGAGGCAGCGGUGAAGGCAGCUAAAAAACACAUAAUAAGAACCAUAGGAACGAAAAGCAUAACACAGGAGAAUAUGCUUACCCUGCUGGCACAAGUGGAACAGUGUUUGAAUUCUCGACCAUUAACUCCUUUAUCAGAUGAGCCUUCUGAUUUAGAACCGUUGACGCCGGGACACUUUCUCAUCGGCUCUAAUAUGCAAGCGGUACCAGACGUCGAUCACACCGGAACACCAGACAAUCGGUUGAAGGAGUACCAGUUGGUGCAGAAACACAUGCAAAACAUUUGGGCUAGAUGGUAUCCGGAGUAUCUGCAACAACUGCAAGCGCGAGCCAAACAUUGCAACGGGCAAUCGGUGUCACUGCAAGAAAACCAGCUUGUGAUCAUCAAGGAAGACAACAUGCAUCCUACCUCGUGGCCGAUGGGUCGCAUCGUUGCAGUUCACCCAGGCAAGGACGGAGUCGUUCGCGUGGUUACACUGCGCACAGCUGCCGGAAAACAAAUCGUACGCGCAGCUAAUCGUUUGGCAAUUCUACCAAACCCCGACGUACUCAGCAAUUUGGAGAAGAAAGGAGACACUGGCACUGAGUAA